CCUUUGCAAUGCAGCGCAUUCCCCGAGCUCUCCGGCGAUUUUCCAGCUUGGGCAAUGCUCAGCGUGUCGACUACUGCCUUGACCAUGAACUUCACCAUCAAGCAGCAUUACUGCGGGGAAGUUUGCCUCUACAUCAUCAAGGCCCUCGGCAUCCCUUGCAGAGCGCGUCGAAGUUAUCCUUGCGCUUUGAGGUCCGUCGGCUUGAAAGCGCCAGAAAUGACUGGGCCUUCAUUUGGACCCAUGGCCUGACCAGCUCUGUGGACAGCGAAGAUGAAGGCGGUUGGCCAUUCAGUGGCAUUGCGAGCCUCUCCUCCUUGCUGCCCGUGGUGCGUUACGAUGCUCGUGGCCAUGGUGAGUCCGAUGAAAACGAUCAAUGCACCUGGAUGGCAAUGGGCAGCGACUUGUGCAAACUGCAUCAGAAGAUGUUUCCCAAUGGCCGCAUGAUUCUGGGAGGCACAUCCAUGGGUGCUGCAGCCAGCCUUUAUGCAGCUCUGGAGGCUCCUGAAAAGGUUGGUGCGUUGGUUUUGGCCACACCACCCACGGCGUGGGCAACGCGUCAAAAAUUUGUACCGUUGUACCAAGAAAGCCUAGAACUUGCCGAGAAGCAUGGACUGGAAACUGCCAAAGCAGUUGCUGAGACGAAGGCUCGCCCACCGAUCUUUCUCCAGACAGAGAGUGGCAGAGCAUGUUUUGAAAUUGGAUGGCGUGCAAAGUUUGCGAUGGGCCAACGGCGAUACUGUGCAGCUCUUCGGGGUGCGAUUCAGUCUGACUUACCUUCGCCGGAAGAGAUUCAAAGAUUGGAAAUUCCGACUCUUAUAUUGGCUUGGAAGUCGGAUGCACAACAUCCACUGGAAAGCGCCCAGAUAUUACAUGAUCUACUUCCACGAGCCCAGCUCUGCGUAGCAGAAUCUUGGGCAGAAAUUGAAGAAUUUCCAGCGCGGAUUAGCCAUUUCUUAAAUAAUUUACUUUAACGGAAAAAA